AUGAGGCGGCAGCUUCGGGAAUUUGCCGGGCGAUUCUCCGCGGGUUGCCCGCAGCUUCUCUGGAGAGUCGGGAAGUGGGUGGAAGGGGAAAAAGAAAAGAAUGAGCUAGGAGAGAGCUCCGGCGUGGUGAAUGUGGAGAAUCGGGAAAGGUUCUCAGGGCUGCAGCAUCAGGAGGGAGAAGGAGGCGAAGAAGAAAUGGAAGGAGAGGAAGAGGAUGCAGAGAUUGUCUUUGAAGACUUGGAACAAAUUGUUAUCCCCAAUUAUGAAACAGAACCUGGCCAGCAAGCUCUUCAUAUACCUGAAUUGGUAGAGUUUGACCUGAAUCCCGACUCUCUGUACUUUAAUGAUGGCCAAAGGAAAAUUGACUUUGUCUUAGUAUAUGAAGAUGAAAGCAAAAGGGAAAGUCAAAAAACUUUUCAUAAAAAGCAAAAGAGGAAGAGACAAGUCUAUGAGUCAAACUUGAUAAGCCGUGGUUUGCAGCUUGAAGCCACAAAGUCGGUCACGGAUGAAAAGCUGACCUUUGUAAAGGUGCAUGCUCCUUGGGAAGUGCUGUGUAGUUAUGCUGAAAUUAUGCACAUCAAAUUGCCCUUGCAACCCGAUGAUACGAAAAGCCAUGACUCAGCACUUACAUCAAUAAGCAGAUUCUUUAAUGUGGAUGAAAAUAUAAUCAAACCUGAACAGGAGUUUUUUACUGCUGCAUUUGAAAAUGAGCGUAUUUCAGACUUUUAUAUUCAGGACAAGGACUUGUUCUUCAAUUCAGCAACUAGGAGCCGAAUAGUUCACUUUAUUCUUUGUCGAGGAGAGUAUGCUAUGAAAAAUAAUGUGAAAAUGUUUGGUAUCAAUAAACUUUUGGACUCUGGAAUCUACAAGGCUGCUUUUCCACUCCACGAUUCAAGAUUCAAUUGCCAAUCACAGGAUCCUAAUUGUCCAAAUGAACGACAAUUGCUAUACAGAGAAUGGGCCUAUCCUCGAAAUAUUUUCAAACUGCAACCCUUAGACCUUGUCAGGAAAUAUUACGGUGAGAAAAUUGGGAUCUAUUUUGCCUGGCUGGGAUUCUAUACCCGGAUGUUACUUCUGGCAGCAAUAGUUGGUGUUGGAUGUUUUUUAUAUGGAUAUUUCACAAAGGAUAACUGCACUUGGAGUCAAGAAGUAUGUGAUCCAAACAUAGGAGGUAAGAUUAUUAUGUGUCCACAAUGUGAUGAAGAAUGCACAUACUGGAAUCUCAACAUCACAUGUGACUCUUCCAAGAAACUUUGUAUAUUUGACAGCUUUGGCACAUUAGUGUUUGCAGUGUUUAUGGGGAUUUGGGUUAGCUUGUUUUUGGAGUUUUGGAAACGACGCCAGGCUGAAUUAGAAUAUGAAUGGGACAUGGUUGAGUUCUUAGAGCAAGAGGAACAAAUACGUCCAGAGUAUGAGGCAAAAUGCCACCAUGUAAUAGUGAAUGAAAUUACACAGCAAGAAGAGCAGGUUCCUUAUACAACCUGUGGAAAGUAUGUACGGAUCAUCUUCUGUACAAGUGCUGUCUUAUUCUGGAUUCUGCUCAUUCUUUCAUCUGUUGUUGGUAUAAUUGUUUACAGACUUUCAGUUUUCCUAGUAUUUUCUGCAACAUUGCCAAGACACAUCAAUGGAGCAAACACAAUACAAAAGUACCUGACUCCACAAUUAGCAACUUCAGUAUCUGCUUCAGUGCUCAACUUCAUCAUUAUUAUGAUUCUGAACAUUAUCUAUGAAAAAGUAGCAAUCAUGGUUACUGACUUUGAAUUACCAAGGACACAGACUGAUUAUGAAAAUAGCCUAACUACGAAAAUGUUUUUAUUUAAAUUUGUCAACUAUUAUUCUUCAUGUUUCUACGUUGCUUUCUUUAAGGGUAAAUUUAUAGGUUUCCCUGGUGAACCAGUUUAUUGGAUGGGAAAAUACAGAAAUGAGGAGUGUGAUCCAGGUGGAUGUCUUCUUGAGCUGACAACACAGCUGGCAAUAAUAAUGGGAGGCAAAGCCAUCUGGAAUAACAUUCAAGAAGUGCUUUUUCCGUGGCUUAAAAAUUUGACUGGGAGAUGCCGCUCAGUUACACGAUCAGAAACUAUUGUUCCUCGCUGGGAGCAGGACUACCAUUUGCAGCCCAAUGGCAAGCUUAGAUUGUUUUAUGAAUACCUUGAAAUGGUUAUACAGUUUGGAUUUGUAACAUUAUUUGUAACAUCAUUCCCAUUGGCACCACUUCUGGCCCUUAUUAACAAUUUAUUGGAAAUUCACGUGGAUGCUUGGAAGAUUACCACACAGUAUAGACGCAUGGUUUCCCAAAAAGCCCAACAUAUAGGGGCAUGGCAACCUAUCAUGCAAGGAAUAGCCAUUCUGGCUGUGAUAACCAAUGCAAUGAUAAUUGCUUUUACAUCAGAUAUGAUUCCACGCCUGGUUUACUUCUGGUCAUUUUCAGUCCCACCCUAUGGAGAUCACAGUAGCUAUACCAUGAAGGGAUAUAUAAACAAUACUCUUUCUAUUUUUGCUGUAUCAGAUUUCCGAAAUGAAAGCAAGCCACAUGUUAUUCCCAUAUUUGCCAAUUUGACAAUAUGCAGAUAUCGAGAUUUCCGAAACCCUCCUGGACACAAACAUCAAUAUGAACAUAAUAUUUAUUACUGGCAUGUUAUUGCAGCCAAGUUAGCAUUCAUCCUUGUGAUGGAGCAUGUUGUCUACUUUGUGAAGUUUGCCAUUUCAUAUACCAUUCCAGAUGUGUCAAGGAAAACUAAGAGCAAAAUUAAACGGGAGAAAUACCUAACACAAAUACUUCUUCAUGAAAAUCCUCUAAAAAUUAUUAAGAAAAAUAUGGUGAACAUAACUGACAAAUUAUUAAAAGAAGCAGAUACUACUUUACAACCUAAAUAUGAAUAA